AUGAACCAUGUAGAUUGUGCAAAGGUUUGUAAAUCUAACUGUUUGUCCUUUACCUUUGACCACAGCACCAAGGAAUGCGCUACCUUUCGGAGGAUGUUGUGUAGAAAUGACACAGCAGCGAUACCUCAUUCACUGAUGCUGUUUAAUAAAGUGGACAGACAGAUCAGCAGCAAUCCUGUCGACUGCAGUGAGAUAGACACAGCCGUCUACUGCUCUGGUGUCUACCGAAUCACACCUUCGCCUGGAGUCAGCUUCGACGUGUACUGUGACCUGCAUACGGCUGACGGACCGUGGACGGUGAUACAGAACCGAGAAAAUGGUGACGUGAACUUCUAUAGACCAUGGGAAGACUAUAGACAAGGAUUUGGUAAUGUUGGGCGGAACUUCUGGCUAGGAAAUGAAGCUCUGCACUACCUCACCAUCAAGGCCUCCAUACUUCGCAUCCAAAUGGUGUCGUGGCUAGGUGAUGCUAAGUAUGCCCAGUACUCUACGUUUAAAGUUGAAAACGAGACAGAAAACUACAAAUUAACGAUAUACGGUUUCUCUGGAAACACAAGUGAUUGCAUGUUCUACCAUAACGGAAUGUCAUUCUCAACGUAUGACAGAGACAACGAUUUAAGCCCAACGUCAUGUGCUGAAAAUCAUCUCGGUGGAUGGUGGUAUAAUGCGUGCCACUAUACAAAUCUCAACGGCGCAGAAUACUCAAAUCGGCAAAAUUACCACAAAAGACCAGUAUGGGAAAAUUUCUAUACCAAUAGCAAUGAUGGCAGCUUGAGGAAAACAAAAAUGCUCUUGAAACAUGUUAAUCCUUAA